GUUUGAUUUUAAUUUAUUUGUUUAUUAGGUUUUUAUAUUAUUGAUUUGCGUGAAUAGCUAGUGUACAGGAAUAACAAAUCAACAAGAAUGCAAUACAAAUGAGAAAUGUGAAUGGAAUUAUUGGAAACCCUCUUUAUGUCAGACCAUGUGCAGUUCAUUAACUAAUUAAUAAAGUUGUAAUGAAGCAGGAGAUUGUAAAUGGCUUGCAGAUUCAUCUUCUUGCUUUAUUAAAAAGUGCUAAGAAGAAAACUCCGAGGCCACCUGCCAUCUAAUUGUUGCUUGCUAUUGGUACAAUGGGCAAUGUUGGGAUUCAUCAUGCAUUUAAUUAUAAGCUGAAGAAAGGGGAAAGUGCCCAGUGGCUUAUUGCAUAUGGUAGGAAAAAAGAAAGCUGUGCUAUGAUAAGAAAUGCUCAGAUUACACUAACGAAUAUGAUUGCUAAUAAAUGUCAUUUUGCUCUUGGUUUAAAUACAAAUGUAUAGAUAAUGGUUAGAAGAAACUUGAUUUUUGAUAAAACUUUAUAAAACCUUAAAUUA